AUGUGGCAUCGUAAGGGCAAGGGAGAGAAGCCAGGCUGGAAGAAGGUUUCUGUUCCAAGGUUUGACAAGAUUCCCUGGUUUAGUGAGGCCAGCUUCACGAACAAGCCAUUAGUGCUCAGUCUCCCCAAAAGAUAUCCUCAUUCCUCUGCCACUUUUCUGGUUGCAUCCAAGAAGGGUAUGAAUUUGCCAAUUUUGUUCCAAGUUCCAGAUGUCUUAUCUAAGGCUGGGUGGAACCAGAACCAGAACGACCCCACACUGAUCAGAAACAAGCAGCUAUGCCCCACGUGUCGAGAUGUGAAGAUGGUGCAACCAAAAACUCUGAUAAUCCCAGAUGAUCUGAAACUAUCCUUUGCAAAUAUUAUGAAUCAUAGAAUGAUGAGUCUCCAUCUGCCAAAAGCCCAGACUGUACCCAAACGUUCUCGUGAUGACAUCCUAACAGAGAAUGUUCACUACAGACUGCCCAUUCUGGGCCCCAGGACAGCUGUCUUCCACGGACUGCUGUCAGAUGCCUACGAAACCCUGAAAGAGACACAACUCUCUUCCUUGCCCAGAAAAGAACCAGUGGGCAAAGCAGUGAGUCAGUGAGUGGUGGGAACUCAUCACCUUCCAGAUGCUGAGAGAGAAAGCCACCUCACCAAGACAGAGGGCCGGAGAUGGUUCCAGGAGGUCAGCAUGGCUCAUGGCUACCCAGGGCUUCCCUGGUGGCUCAGGUGGUAAAGAAUGUGCCUGCAAUGUGGGAGACCAGUGUUCGAUCCCUGGGUUGGGAAGAUCCCCUGGAGAAAGGAAUGGCUACCCACUCCAGUAUUCUUGCCUGGAGAA